CGCAACGUCACUUAUGACACGUAUUCAAAAUGGCGGCCGCGGCUAUGGAGACGUGGUGGGCCUUGCUGCUGUUGUCCUUGUUGCCUGUGGUCCGGCCCUUUUACGUUCCUGGAGUUGCUCCCCGGGACUUCCGUGAUGGUGAGACAGUAGAUAUUAAGGCAGUGAAGCUGACUAGCUCCCGUACCCAGCUUCCUUAUGAAUACUACUCCCUCCCUUUCUGUAAGCCAGAAUCUGUUUUCUACAAGGGAGAGAACCUGGGUGAGGUGUUACGUGGGGACCGUAUUGUGAAUACCCUUUACAAUGUUGAGAUGAACAAAGACAAGAAAUGUGAGAUGAUGUGCAACAAGAAAAAGCUCAGCAUAGAAGAGAGCAAGCUGGUAGCUGAGCGAAUCCAGGAGGAGUAUUAUGUUCACCUUAUUGCAGAUAACCUGCCAGUUGCCACCAGGUUAGAAUUUUACCCCAACAGAGAGGCAGGAGGCGAGGAGGAACAAAAGAAAGAUGUGGUGAAGGAUAUCCAGUUUGAACAUGGCUACAGACUGGGCUUUGUCGACAACAACAAGUUUUAUCUGCACAACCACCUCUCCUUCAUCCUGUACUUCCACAGGGAGAAGCUGGAAGAGGGGGAAAUUCACGACUACAGGGUGGUGCGAUUUGAGGUCGUACCCCAAAGUGUAAAAGUAGAUGACCUGAAAGCAGUGGAAAAUGAAAAGACUUGCACCUUGCCUGAGGCCAGUGGCUCUGCACCCCAGGAGAUUGACCCAAACAAGGAGAAUGAGGUCCUCUUCACCUACUCUGUCCACUGGGAGGAGAGUGAGGUGAAGUGGGCAUCUCGCUGGGACACAUACCUGACCAUGAGCGACGUCCAGAUUCACUGGUUCUCCAUUGUCAACUCUGUGGUGGUCGUCUUCUUCCUGUCUGGGAUUCUGAGUAUGAUCAUUAUCAGGACCUUGAGGAAGGACAUCGCUAACUACAACAGAGAGGAUGACAUUGAGGACACCAUGGAGGAGUCGGGAUGGAAGAAUGUCCAUGGUGAUGUCUUCAGGCCACCUCAGUAUCCCAUGAUCCUCAGCUCUCUGCUGGGCUCAGGGAUCCAGCUCUUCUGCAUGAUCCUCAUCGUCAUCUUUGUUGCCAUGUUGGGCAUGUUGUCUCCAUCCAGUAGAGGAGCCUUGAUGACCACUUCUUGCUUCCUUUUCAUGUUCAUGGGUGUAUUUGGUGGCUACUUUGCUGGCAGACUGUACCGCACACUGAAGGGCCAUCGGUGGAAGAAAGGAGCAUUUUGUACAGCAACUCUGUAUCCUGCAGUGGUUUUUGGAAUUUGUUUCAUCCUCAACUGUUUCAUCUGGGGAGAACACUCCUCUGGGGCGGUUCCUUUCACUACAAUGCUGGCCCUGCUGUGCAUGUGGUUUGGUAUCUCCAUGCCUUUGGUCUACCUGGGCUACUACUUUGGCUUCCGCAAGCAGCCGUAUGAUAACCCAGUACGCACCAACCAGAUCCCUCGGCAGGUCCCAGAGCAGCGGUGGUACAUGAACAAGUUUGUAGGAAUCCUGAUGGCUGGGAUCCUGCCAUUUGGUGCCAUGUUCAUUGAACUCUUCUUCAUUUUCAGUGCCAUCUGGGAGAAUCAGUUUUAUUAUCUCUUUGGCUUCCUGUUUCUGGUAUUCAUCAUCUUGGUGGUCUCCUGCUCUCAGAUCAGCAUUGUCAUGGUUUAUUUCCAGCUCUGUGCAGAGGACUACCGAUGGUGGUGGAGAACUUUCCUGGUGUCAGGAGGCUCAGCGUUCUACGUCCUCAUUUACGCUGUCUUCUACUUUGUCAACAAGCUGGAUAUAGUGGAGUUCAUCCCCUCCCUGUUGUACUUCGGCUAUACGACCCUGAUGGUGCUGUCGUUCUGGCUGCUAACGGGCACGAUCGGCUUCUACGCAGCCUACAUGUUCAUCAGGAAAAUCUACGCUGCAGUCAAGAUCGACUGAGUCAUCACCAUCGCUGCUGAUUUUUGGGGGCUUUUCUUUGUUUUUUUCGUCACAUUUGUUUUUUUACAUACAUAUUUUUUAUUCUUCAUGUCCAACAAGCACUGACUUGUGUUUAGAGGGAACAAGAGGGGUGUUUUUACGGCGUAACAGCCCCACCCACUGGCCUCAUGGGGGAAGAACAGCAAGGUGGCAGAGCUAAACCAGCUGUUUCUCUCUCUCUCUCUCUCCCUCUCUCCCUCGCUUCUUUCCUCCUCCUCUCUCUAGGACAGACUCAGAGGGAAUUCCCCUCUGAUGGGACAGUUAAUGUCCUCUGCUGUUUCACCUUGCACACAACACAGUGGGCCAAAGCUUGUUAAACCAUGGUUUCUGCACAUGUUCGUUUUGUCUUUUCAUUUUGUGUUAUGAGUCUAAUUUAUCCAAGUUUUUAUUUUUGUCAUCCCAGGAUUUAUCUCUGACUAAAUCUUUUUCAAACACCUCCUGGGAAACUUUCCUCUAAUUUCCUUACGUAAAUUCUGUCUUUAGUUUUUCCAUUGUCUCUCUUUUCAAAUGUGACUAUGGUGUCAUGUCAGAGACUUUACAGAUCAGGGAAGGGUUGGAGAGUCUAACUGUGGUUAUGGUGUUAACUUUGUCGUGUUGAACUGAUACAGAUGGAAAUUAUGAUGGGAAGUUCUGCAUUGUAACACAAGAAAGGAUAAAUUAAAUGUUCUAUUAUUUUUUACUUCAGUUUCCAUGUCCUGGUGUGACCAUGUUAACCACAACUGUAAUCAAAAUAUUAGCUUCUCCUUCCAAAACAAUGGGUCUCAAAAUAUUGGUCCAUUUCUUCUAAACGACAAAGAACAGCUCUGAAUGGGACUAUGAACCCGAUGCCCUGAAGCAGUGGACUGUUGGGUAAAGCCGCUGGAGUCACUGGAGAAAAGGAAACGCUACAGUCAACACAGAAAUGACAAGGAGGAGGAACCUUUUGAAUUUAAAAGUCUGUAACACAAGUACGGUUUGAAGCUUUUCCAAUAGUAACUUAUAAAAAAGAAGUACACAUCAACCAUGCCGUCAGUGUAGCCUUAGCAGUGCUGGAUGCCUGCUGAACUAUGCAGUUAUGGAAACAAGUGCAAAGUGGCUGUUUGUGAAGGUUAUUUCAAAGGACCAUUUUUGUUGUGAGAUAUCUGGAGUCUGGAUCUAAUGUAUGAUACAGUAUGUGUAAAAUACGUAAAAAGAUUUUUGAAAGCCAGCAAGAUCACCUCUGUUUCUACCAGUAGUGGUAGACAUCAUUCUGACAGUGCUCAAGUGUAAGGGGAAGAGCAUUGAAAUGUAAUCCACAGUGUUCAUAUUAGAUGUGUACAGUGUAGACUGAUACUUAUACCCUUGCAUUACAACUCGUGGUCUUUUUUGUUUGGGUUUUUUUUCUCCGUUUCAAAUGACAUCUUUGUUGUAACAAAAAAUUGGUUGCACCUUUUGAGGUAUUUUUCAGCUAAAAGACUUAAAAUGCAUUUAGAUCAUGGGUGGAACCUGAUUAGAAAUGUGACUUGACGAGCUACUCAAGCUAAGAACUUCCCAUAGAGAACCAAUGUAUUUUACUGUAGCUAAAUCACACAUCAAAUUACACCAUAAUCACUUUCUUGCCAAGAAUUAGAUGAGAAGACUGAUCGUCAUAACUUUCUGUUGGAUUUGAAACGACCAUGAGCAGCUAGUUAGCUUAGCACAAAGACUGGGUGGAAAAAAUUAGGUAAGGAGUGUCCAAAGGUAACAAUACCCACCUGCCAGCAUCUGUAAAUCUCACUAAUUAUCACAUUAUAUCUCAUUUGUUUAAUCCGUCCAAAUACCACAACGUGUCAUGUAAAAACACGUGAAGUUGUGAUCUGGACUAUUUCUUGGCUAUGCUCAAUGACUUUUUGAGAAGAUGUUUUUGGACCGAUUAGACUGAUGUUAAUUAGUGAGUUUUAAAGGUGCUAGUAGGCACAUUUUUUGUUUGGCAAGAAAGCCAAAAGGUGAAUUUCGAAAAAUUCUGAUUUUCAAAUUAAUCCUUUAAAGACAAUACUGGCAAGUCAAUAGCAGUUUAACUUUUCUAUACUGUACAUCUCAAGUACAGGUCUCUGCUGCCUUGUAACAUAAGGUCCUGCAAAGCACUGGCACACAGGAACAUAUAAUUGCAGUAAACUGUAGUUAGUGGUGGUUGUUACCAGCUAAAAUUUGCUCCUAAACAAAAAAAAUUGGAGUUGUAUUUAUCGUAGUCUUAAUGGUUAUCAUCAAACUGGUUUUAGUGAAGAGCUGAAGUGCUUCACUUGAUUUUUUUUUUUUUUAUAUAUAUAAUGGUAGUAGUAGCCGUUUUUGCACAGAAAUAAAGGUGAUUUGUCAGUGCAGGGCUAUACAGAGAAGGGACAGGUGCCUCGAUCAACCCUGAUUCUCCAGGGGCAAAAACAGAUGAAUGAAUGGAACAACUCGUCGUCCUGUGCCCACCCCUUCCUUCAUUUGAAUCAAGCACCCCUCAGCUGUUGAGCUGCUUGAAGGGAGCGAGACAAGGCUAAAUAUUUAAGUUACCCCUGCCACUUGCUAUGGGACAUGACUGCUCUGUAAAGCAUCAGUGGUAGCCUCAAUUCAAAUGAGUGUACUCCUGUAAAGACCUUUACUCUUUCAUUUAUUUCCAUUCCAUCAGAUACCAUAUCCUAUUCACUGUACCACCCUCUGCCCUUGGUAUUAUGUCGAAGAGUUACUAAGCUCUGACACUUGGCUGCUGUCUUACAUAAAGACAGACACUCCUCUCCUGCUGUCGAAGUGCACAUGCCAGGGGAGAUUUUUUACAGAUGGACUUUUAAGUGGCCCAAGUCAUGCAUGUGUAUGUAUGAUUGAGGGGUUUACAAUGUAAAUAAAAGAAAACAGCUUUGUAUUUGUUGCGUUUUGCUGUUUGUGGCGCUCUCUAUGAUUCCUGUCAUCGUUUUAGCCAGAAGCAUGACGCUCAUGAUGACUUUCAAAGGAACUUGUUUCUGUUUUUUUUUCCUCUUUUGUUUCUUUUACAGAAUGUCCAAUUACAAAAGUGUACAAUGACAAAACAAUAAAGUGAUGACAAGUUGAAUAUGAGAA